UUCUUACGCGCGGCUUGGAUUUUGUUUUCCGUUGGAAGUCUGAAUAACGAAGACGAAGAAACAGGGGAGAAUUUAAAAUCAUAUGUGUCUACCAGAAUUCAACUUGAUUUCUAGAAAGAUUCUGGAAUUUACGGCAAGAAAAUGAUUAUCUUUUUAUAAGUAUUAUGCAAUUCUUGUUUUGAUGAGAUUGAGUUUUUCAUCGGAGUUUUUGGUUGAUUCAACCGUUUGCAAUCGGCGAAAGUGAUGUCGGAAAGGAAAACGACAUCUAAACCAAGACAUAGCGGCGGAGGUCUCGCCGGUGGUUCCGAUAGUGGUUCCUCAUCACGUAACGUUCCACACGUUCAUCCUCAGGCGCCAGGUUAUCGCACCGUUUUCUGUAACGAUCGCGAAGCCAACUAUCUCGCCAAAUACCUGGGAAAUGCAGUAUCAACAACGAAGUACAACCUUGUUACUUUUCUCCCAAAGGGGCUGUAUGAACAGUUCAGGCGGGUGGCUAACCUCUACUUUCUUACAAUCUCAUGUUUAUCAUUUACACCUGUUAGUCCUGUUAGUCCAGUCACAAAUGUAAUCCCACUAAGCAUUGUGCUUUUUGUCUCUCUUGUCAAGGAGGCUUUUGAAGAUUGGAAGCGGCUUCAAAAUGAUAAGACAAUAAACAAUUCUCCUGUUGACUUGAUGCAAGACAAAACAUGGGAAUCUGUACCCUGGAGGUUGCUGCAGGUUGGGGAUAUUGUUAGAGUGAAGCAAGAUGGGUUCUUUCCAGCAGAUUUAUUACUCCUUGCAUCUACAAAUCCUGAUGGCAUUUGCUACAUUGAGACUGCAAAUCUGGAUGGUGAAACAAAUCUUAAAAUCAGGAAAGCUAUGGAGAAGACAUGGGACUAUGUGACACAAGAAAAAGCCUCAGAAUUCAAAGGCCAAAUACAAUGUGAACAACCAAAUAAUUCACUUUAUACCUUCACUGGUAAUUUGAUAGUCCAAAAGCAAACUCUACCCCUUGGUCCAAAUCAAAUUGUUUUGAGAGGUUGCAGUCUACGCAAUACAGAAUACAUUGUUGGAGUUGUAGUAUUUACUGGACACGAGACUAAGGUAAUGAUGAACACCAUGAAUGUCCCUUCAAAAAGGAGUACACUUGAGAAGAAACUUGACAAAGUAAUCGCUACUCUUUUUGGUGUUCUCCUAACUCUGUGUAUCAUUGGUGCUAUAGGAAGUGCAUUAUUUGUGGACGUGAGGUAUUAUUACCUACAGCUUCAAGUUAAUGUGGAAUCUGAACAGUUUAAUCCAGGAAACAGACUUGUGGUGUUUGUUCUAAGCAUCUUUACACUGAUUACUCUCUAUUCACCAAUCAUUCCAAUUUCCCUUUAUGUUUCUGUUGAGAUGAUCAAGUUUAUUCAGUCAACUAAGUUCAUAAACAACGACUUGCAUAUGUAUCAUGUUGAAACCAACACUCCUGCAUUAGCAAGAACAUCGAAUCUGAAUGAAGAACUUGGGCAAGUUGAGUAUGUUUUCUCUGAUAAAACUGGAACUUUAACAAGAAAUUUAAUGGAGUUCUUUAAGUGCUCUGUUGGUGGAGAAACUUAUGGAAGUGGUGUUAGUGAAAUUGAAAUGGGAGUAGCUAGACAGAAUGCUGCAGACAUUGAAGAGGUUCAAAGACCAUCAAGUGCAACACGUGAUAAGGGGUUUAAUUUUGAUGAUGCUAGACUAAUGUCUGGUGCUUGGAGGAAUGAACCUAAUGCUGAGAUGUGUAGGGAAUUUUUCAGAUGCCUUGCUAUAUGUCAUACUGUACUCCCUGAAGGUGAAGAGACUCCAGAUAAACUUAAAUAUCAAGCUGCAUCACCUGAUGAAGCUGCUUUAGUUACUGCUGCAAAAAACUUUGGCUUCUUUUUCUAUAGGCGUACGCCUACAAUGGUGUAUGUUCGUGAAUCAAAUGUUGAGAAAAUGGGAAAUGUUCAAGAUGUUUCAUAUGAAAUCCUUAAUGUUCUUGAGUUUAACAGUACUAGAAAGAGGCAAUCUGUUGUAUGUCGUUACAAAAACGGGAGGCUUGUGUUGUAUUGCAAAGGGGCUGAUACUGUAAUUUACGAAAGAUUAGGGGCUGGAAGCGAUGAAAUUAAACAAAUUACGAGGGUGCAUAUGGAACAAUAUGGAGAAGCUGGAUUGCGAACUCUUUGUCUGGCUUAUAAAGAAUUAAGUGAAGACGUUUAUGAAAGUUGGAAUGAAAAAUUUAUCAAUGCAAAAUCUGCAUUACGAGAUCGUGAGAAGAAAUUGGACGAGGUGGCGGAAUUGAUUGAAACGGAUCUUAAUUUAAUUGGAUGCACUGCUAUAGAAGACAAGCUUCAAGAAGGGGUGCCAUCAUGUAUAGAAACUCUUGCUAAAGCUGGAAUAAAGAUUUGGGUGCUUACAGGGGACAAAUUAGAAACAGCAAUAAAUAUAGCUUAUGCUUGCAAGUUGAUCAACAAUGAGAUGAAACAGUUUAUUAUCAGUUCAGAAACUGAUGAGAUCAGAGAUGCUGAAAACAGAGGUGACCCUGUGGAGAUCGCUCAGCUUAUAAAAGAGACAGUUCAAAACGAGUUACAAAAAUACCAUGAGGAAGCGAUAACGAUCCUCCGUGGCACAUCUGGUCAAAAGUUGGCACUUCUUAUAGAUGGAAAGUGUUUAAUGUAUGCAUUAGACCCAAGCCUGAGGUCAAUUUUGCUUAAUUUGAGUUUGAACUGUAAUUCAGUUGUCUGCUGCCGUGUUUCUCCUUUACAAAAAGCACAGGUGACAAGAUUGGUGAGAAUAGGGGCGAAUAAAAUAACACUAAGCAUCGGUGAUGGUGCAAAUGAUGUCGGAAUGAUUCAAGCAGCAAACAUCGGAGUCGGAAUAAGCGGUCUAGAAGGAAUGCAAGCAGUAAUGGCUAGUGACUUUGCAAUUGCUCAAUUCCGGUUUCUAACAGAUCUUCUCCUUGUUCAUGGAAGAUGGUCUUAUCUGAGAUUAUGCAAAGUCGUUUCCUAUUUUUUCUACAAAAAUCUCACAUUCACUUUGACUCAAUUCUGGUACACUUUCAACACCGGAUACUCAGGUCAAAGAUUCUACGACGACUGGUGUCAGUCUCUAUACAACGUCAUCUUCACCGCCCUCCCGGUUGUCAUUGUCGGACUCCUCGACAAGGAUGUGGGGGCGGAGCUUUCGAAGAAGUAUCCGCAGUUGUAUAAAGAGGGGGUGAAUAAUAGUUUUUUUAAUUGGAAAGUUGUUGGGAUUUUGGCUUUGAUUUCGGUUUAUCAAUCGAUAAUUGUGUAUAAUUUUGCGGUGAUUUCGAGUACUGCGGGGUUGACUUCGUUGGGGAAAAUGUUGGGGCAGUGGGACGUUAGCACAACCGCGUUUACGUGUCUUGUCAUAACUGUCAAUUUGCGGCUUUUAAUGAUGUGUAGUACGGUUACGAGGUGGCAUAUUAUAAGCAUUGGUGGGAGUGUGUUGUUGUGGUUCAUAUUCAUUUUUAUAUAUGCCAUUGUUUUUGUAGAUAAGGGGACUUAUUUUAGUAUUUAUGUGCUGAUGAGCACCAUCUACUUCUAUCUGAUGGUCAUUCUUAUUCCCACUGUUGCACUUUUAUUGGACUUCGUAUACCAAGGGUUUCAGAGAUGGUUAUACCCGUACGAUUAUCAGAUUGUUCAAGAGAUACAUAGGGAUGAGGCAGAUACGGUUGGUGCGGGAUUGCUUGAUAUAGGAGGCCAAUUGAGCCCAGAAGAUGAAAGAAAGUAUGCAUUUGCGAUGCUACCAAAGGAAAAGUCAAAGCACACCGGUUUUGCGUUUGACUCGCCAGGGUACGAGUCGUUUUUUGCAACACAGCAAGGAGUGGUUGCACCACAAAAGGCUUGGGAUGUGGUUCGAAGAGCUAGCAUGAAACCAAAGGAAAAGAAACCUUUACUUGGUGAGCAUCACUAGGAGUUUAUAACACUAAAAGGAAAGAAAAAAAAACAUACACGUAGAUUAAGAAACAUAAAAAGAGACUUGUAAAUAGUUUUGGUUUUUAUGAGUUUUGAAUCAUAAUUUUGUUUUGCUA